AUGAUGCGAUCUUUACUUCUUCGCUCAUGCCACCGCACUGUGUUGAAGCAUGGUCCUCGUUCGCUGCAAACUGCAGCUGAGGCAGCUGCUCAUGUGUCUUACACUCGUGGACUCUUUCUUGGCAUUACCAACACAAAGCGAGCUUUCCCAUACCCGAAACUUUCGGAGAGUGAGAUGGAGACGCUUCAGAUGCUUGUGGACCCUGUCAGUAAGUUUUUUAAUACUGUGGAUUCACGUUCCAUCGACGAGACGAAAGAAAUUCCAUCAGAGGUAUUAAAUGACAUGAAGGAGCUUGGGCUAUUUGGUCUGCAAAUCCCCGAAGAGUUCGAAGGGCUCGGCCUGUCAAACACAGGCUAUGCGCGUGUAUGCGAGGAGAUCACUGACGGGAGUCUGGCUGUUACAGUCAUGGCACACCAGUCUAUUGGUUUAAAGGGCAUAUUGCUUAAUGGUAACGAAGCGCAAAAGGCCAAGUAUCUGCCCAAAUUGGCAACGGGUGAGCACAUCGCGGCCUUUGCACUGACAGAGCCUUCCAGUGGCUCCGAUGCCGGAUCGAUCAAGACUCGCGCCACAUUGUCGGAUGAUGGCAGCUAUUUUAUCCUAAAUGGAGGAAAGAUUUGGAUCAGUAAUGGCGGAUGGGCCGACGUUAUGACGGUUUUCGCACAGACGGAAGUUGAUGGAAAAGAUAAAGUUACGGCAUUUAUAGUCGAGCGAGCUUUCGGAGGUGUGACUAGUGGCCCCCCAGAAGAUAAGCUCGGAAUCCGUGGCUCGAAUACAUGUCAAGUCUUUUUCGACAAUUGCAAAGUUCCUAUCGAGAACGUACUUGGCGGUGGUCCAGACAUGAAGACUGGGGGUGCUUCAGGGGUUGGCGAAGGUUUUAAGGUGGCUAUGAAUAUUUUGAAUAAUGGUCGCUUCGGUCUUGGUGCCUGUGCUGGCGCAUCUCUGCGCCGUGUACUUGGGGUUGCUGCAGAGCAUGCUAAUUCACGCAAGCAGUUCGGUGCACCAUUGGCGAGCUUUGGACUUAUCCAGAAAAAGUUUGGGGUGAUGGCGUUAGAAGCGUACGCUAUCGAGUCAAUGGCAUUUAUGACCACGGGUAUGAUUGACCGAGGUGAUCCAUCGUGCGAAAUUGAGGCGGCCAUGUGCAAAGUGUAUGGAUCAGAAGUUGCAUUUACGGGCAUAAAUGAAUGUAUUCAGGUCAUGGGUGGCACUGGAUUCAUGAAAGAAUGGCCAUUUGAGCGUCUGAUGCGUGAUUGUCGUAUUUUGUCGAUCUUUGAAGGGACAAACGAAAUCCUUCGUAUGCUGAUUGCUCUGAGCGGAAUCAAGACUGCUGGUGAACGUUUGUCAGCUGUUGGCAAAGUGCUGCAGAAUCCGCUGUCGGAUCCAUCGGGUGCAGCCAAGGAAAUUGCGGAUCGUCUACAGCGUAAAUUCUCACCCUCUCCACUGAAGGAUGUGCACUCGAGUCUUAACGCAUCAGCGGAUCUACUGCUGAAGCGCACAACUGCAUUUGGUGAUGCUGUUGAGUUCUUGCUGCGCAAACAUGGCAAGCAGAUUGUGAACGAGCAGAUGCAGCUCGAGCGGAUCGCUGAUUCAGCUAUUGCACUUUUUGCCAUGACGGCUACCAUCUCUCGCUCUACCGCGUCGCUUAAUGCAGGCAUCGAAUCGGCCAAGCAUGAGAAAAAGCUUACAACACUGUAUUGCGACCUGAUGUCCCGCAAGAUUCAGUCCCUUUUAAAUGAGAUCAAGACAGCAGGUAAACACGAUGAGCAGCUGCGCGAAAUCGCUCAUGAAGUGCUUAAAGCCGAAAAAUACAUUCCCAGUCACGCAACAGGCAUUAACUGCUGA